AGUUGUGGUGUGGUUCUAGAAGAGAAAAAACGUGUUCGCGCUUUCAAGUGUCCUUUUUUAUAAAAGUUAUUGACUUUUUUUAUUUUUUACUUUUUAAUCUUGGUUAAUUAUAAUUCUAAUGGUUAAAAGUUAAAUUUUUCCAAGUCAAUUUGAAAAGAUGAAGUUAUUUUAUCAGUUGUUAAAAAAAUUCCCCAGCAACGUGUGUGAUUGUUUUAAGUUUUUUUCUUACAAAAAAUGAUAUGAUGAAUUUGUUCUCAAGGCUUACAGUUUUUCUUAGAAAGGACUUUUAGUAUUAUUAGACAGAAAAAAUAUGAAAGUGCUAUUAAUGUGUCAAAUAAGAAAUAAAAAAAAUAAAACAUAAAGAAACACACCGAACAAAUCAUGCCAGAAAAAGGACCUUUCGGUGAACAAAUUUAUCCUUAUCAACAUCACUUUCAUAAUCAAAUGAUAAAUGGAGUUGCUACAAAUGGAUUUUUUCAAAGUAACACUGAGCAACAAGCAGAUUCACGAAAUCUUUCUACUUCACAAAAUAACAAUUCGAUACAUUUUCCGUCGGCUUUCGUAGCUUUUCACAAUUCUCAAAUGGCUGCGGUCGGACAAAGACAUACACAUGAUAAUAAUUUCAAUUCAUCAUCAUCAUUUCAUUACCCUCAUGGAUCAUCAUUAUUCACAGAACUAAUAAAUCCAUCUCGUGCAGCUUUGGUUCCUGUUUUGCCAUUAUCUCCAGGAAACAGCCAAAACAAUGUUUCAAAUCCACAUCCAUCUGAUAUACACCCAGCUUACAGAAUUCCUUACAUGCAGCUUCUUCAUUCUCUUCACAAUGCAACAAGUCCUCAAUCCUCCAUACAUGAAAAUUUCACUCAUCAAAGUGCCUUAGGUGUGCCAUAUACCUUAAAUAGUUUUUCGAGUAACGAUAUUAACAUGGAACGUCCAAAAACUGAUAAAAGCAAUGGAAUGGUGCAAGUUCCAUCAUUUAAACCUGAUCCAAUUGGAGGGUUUACUCGUAAAAGAACAUUGUCGUCAUCUCCAUAUUCUGAACUCAUGGAUGUAAGUUCAAUGAUUCGUUACUCUCCAACUUCUCUGUAUGGAUCUAAAACUAGUAACGCUAGUGGUUCUUUCGGACAUUUGGGAGCAACAGCUUUGAAUACAACAGCAAGUAUGACAAACACUUCAAUUGGAACUCCGAUGUCGAUAUCUUCACUUCCGACCUCAUUGCAACACUUUUUAAUCAGUGGAGAACUUUUGCCAUCACUCUCAGGCCACUAUAUGUCACCAACAAACUCUAUGCUUUCAUUUGCACACCAUCAAGCAAUGGCAUCAUCUUUAAUACAAAUUGAUGCUUCUAUGCAAUCUUUAAAAUCGGACUCAUAUAUCCAAGAAGCACAACAAAAGCAACAGAAUGCUCAAAAUGUAAAAGGUGUAGGCAAAAAGAAAGAAAAUAAUGUACCCGUAGUUACGUCUGCUGAAGCUGAUAGUCCUUCUCAAACUCAACAUAUAAGAAGAAUGAAAAUAAAAUAUGAAACUCAGACUGAGAAUAACGACGAUAAUAUCAUUCAAAAUGGAAAACUAUCUACAACAACCAACAUAAGUAAUCAAAAUGAAUUUAACAUUAAUCAGUUGAAGCAAAAUGGAAGUCAUAUAAGUAAAAAUAUCAGCAACAGAAAUAAAGAUGCCAUGAUUGCCAAAAAUCAUAACAAUAGUCUAAGAUCAAAUAAUAAUAAUAACAGCAGUACUAGUAGCGAAACUGUUUUAGCUGAUACCACUGAUGCAAAAGAUGAUGGUGGUAUCUUCUUCGAAACAAAUUGUCAUUGGAGAGGCUGUGGGCUCGAAUUUCUUACUCAAGAUGAGCUUGUUCGUCAUAUUAAUACUGAUCAUAUACAUGGCAACAAAAAAGCAUUUGUAUGUCGAUGGGACACGUGUUCAAGAGAUGAAAAGCCCUUCAAAGCUCAAUAUAUGCUUGUCGUUCAUAUGAGACGACACACUGGUGAAAAACCUCACAAAUGCACGCAUGUAAAGACUGUACAUGGCGCCGACUUUUAUGCAAAACGCAAGCAUAAGGGAAUCGGCGACAGUGGUAGUGGUGAAGAUGGGAAUGGGUCAAACGGGAUGGGAAGUCCAGCAACAAAUGACGACAGCUAUAGUAUUAAAAAUGCUAGUCUUAUGAGUCCAAGCAUAAAAUCGGAAUCAGAUGUGAAUUCGCCUGGCUAUCAGAUGAACAAUAGUCCCUUAGGUGUUCCGCAUAUGAGCUCUGAAGCAAACGAUGACUACGAUUAUAUGCCAUCGAGUAAUAGUAACAUAAGCAAUGCUAACAAUACUCAAAUAGGCAUUGUUUCAUCAACUGUUGACACUCAAUGGCCUUAUGAUGAAGAAGAUACUGCAGAGGCGUCAGAGCUCCCCAUGGUACUUCGAGCUAUGAUUGAUUUUGAUCAGAAUUCAAACGUUGGAGGUGUGGGAGUGAUGGCCCCCGUAGAACAUCAUACUCAACGUGGUCGUCUGCGAUCUCGUCUCAAUAAUAAAGGAGGAUUCUAUCAACCUUCAUCCCCCAAUCCUAGUGAAUACAUUUCCAGUUCACCACGCAGCAAUUAUGGAAUUGGAGAGUUGAAUCGUCGUAUCACUGAUCUCAAAGUUGACAAUCGUGCACUAAGUCCACCUCAAAAUUAUGCUCGAGAUACAUCACCGAAAUUGCUUGAACUUGGCCAAAACUAUUUAAAUAUGGGAACUUCCCUUUGCAAUUAUCAAACACAAUACAAUCAACAGAUCAAUCAACAAAUGAGACGUGAUAGCAAUAAUUCUACUACAAGUAGUUCAUAUUAUAGCAUGAAAUCAUGUGAUGUUAGCAGAAGAAAUAGUCAACAGUCUCAUGUAUCAUCUAUGUCUACGCUUCGAGCCAGCAACGCCAGCUACAUUAAUUAUGAUCCAUCAUCAUUUUACGACCCUAUUUCUGCUGGAAGUUCACGUCGUUCAAGUCAAAUGUCAACUUUUGAUUCUCCUAACUAUGGACAGCCGUCUUCCCAACUUAUUUCAUCGCAUAUUGGCCGCCUACAGAGACAUUCAACAGGAGCUAAUCAUCCCUACAAUCCAAAUUAUCAUCAACACAUUCAAUAUCCUCAUAAUCUUCAAAGUAAUCCAAACAAUAAUCACGGCUAUUUUCUGUACAACUACAACGAACUCCAUCAAAAUCAGACAUUCAAUACACUUAGUCAAACGCCGACAUCAACAACUGAUCGAAGAAUGAGCGAGCCUAUUUCAAAUGAUUCAAGAAUACACGACAAAACCUUCCAUAGACAACAAGAUCCAACACGUCCCCGUUCAGCAACUCCUACAAAAUCACUUGAAAUGAUGAUGACGUCUUCAAAAAAGAAUGAACGAGUUGAAACAGAAGCAGCAUCACCAUCUAAACCACAUCCGAAUGAAACAGUUGUUCUAGAUGUACUUAAAACUAAUGAGAAAAUAGAAAAUUGCGAUGAACUUGUUAUUCCUGAUGAAAUGGUCAUUUAUUUGAAUCAAGUUGGAGAUGAAAAAGUCGAGUCUUCAAAUGAUUUAAAAAUUAAAUUAGAUCUCAUUGAUGACAUAAAUCCAAUGAAUUCAUCCCUUUCAAUAGAAAAAAUCAAGGAGGAAGAUUUAUUUUCACUGUUAGCAGAAGUAGAACCUUGUGAAGAAAGAGCAACAGGUAUCAUCGAUCUUGAGGUAAAACAUGACAAUGAAGAUUGCAAAAGUGAAAGUGAUAUAAACGCCUCGAAAUCGCAACAAGUGAUCAUGAGCAAAUGUAAAUCUUGAAUUUGAGAGAAAAAGAAGCAUUUUUUAAAACUCAAUUUAGGAUAUUACAUCAAUAUUUAUAAGUAUUUUUGAGCUAAAUCAUUUAGGAUCUUUUUAAAAGUAAGACUUAAGUUAGGUAAUAUUGUCGCAGCUCUUCCAUAGGUAUUAAAUAUUGAA